UACUUGCCUUGGUAACGACGCCAUGUCCUACGAGGGUUAAAACUCUUAUGAGGGCAUUGUUUUCUUUUGUGACAUUAUCAUGAAUUGAGUGAUUACUUGCAAAGAAAAUCAUGGCUACUCGACCACUGAGAAGUUCUCACAGCCGGAGUUUUUCGGCAAAUCGUACUAGGAUCAAUACAUCAGAGACUCCCGUUCCGAGAGACAAUGCAUACCCAGAGAUCAAGCAGAGGGGUUUUUACUCUGAUGUAGUCACCCAGCAAGCCAACGAAGAUGGCAUUGAAACUGUGCUGGUUGGACCUGAGACUGCCCAUGACACACUCUGGAAUGUGUCAAAGGAAAAACACACUCCACUGGUCAGCACUUUUCUGGUGUCACCUGAUGAGGUGGAAGCUCAGUUACAACAGCAAACAUAUGGCCCCAGCACUCAGGAUCUCACCAUAUCUGACUUCAAUUCACAAUCUUUCAAGCCCAAAGUUCAGCUUCCCUUCUUUACAAAACCAGGACAACAUCCAAGAAAGAUUGAAAUUGAAAGACGUCUGAGGCUGUACAAAAGUCUGUCAUUGGAUGAGCUCUUGGCAGAUAAAGGGAUCAAAACUGAAUUGUUGAUGCCAAAACAGCAGCCAGAUCUUACUGUACUGCUGAACAGAGAUGAAAAUGACCCUGCACCGUUCCCAGCCUAUCUUCCUCUUCACAUCUUUGACGAUGAUGAGUUUGAUUGCCGCACUGCAGAGGAAUGGAUUAACAUGGGUAGAGAGAAUGGUUCUCGCUUCCCUGUGCCAGGCAUUGCUCUUUUGCCUAAGGAGGAGGAAGACAGAAUGAAGGACCCAACUGACCCAAGCAUCGUGUAUGACUGGUUUGAGGUGGGAAUUCUUGAUUUUGACCUCAGCAGCAAACAGUUCUUAGUGCAACGUACCAGCAGUCAAGGUCGCAUCGUUGACACGGAGGGGAACACGGUCGUCAAUGGAGGAGUCCGAGAGAACGGACAGCGUGUCGCUGCUCAUGGACAGUGGUGGAUUCCCCGCAUCCGGCUCAUGUUCAGGGCCGAGGAUCCUCGCACAUUUGCUGAGCGUAUCAAGUGUGCCUUUGAGUCCCGCAAAGUUUGUGAGGCAGAGUUGCGCUACAACUUGUACAUUGACUGUAUGCCGAUGGAUGGUGUUGGUGAACUUGACCAGGCCUCUCUGAAGAGAAUGAUUGAGUGGGCGCAGUCUUCGCCCGGCAUUGACAAAAGCAAAAACCUGGAAGACUACACCCAAGUCUUAGAAAAGGAGGUGAACAUUGACUUCUGUCGCUCCAUGAACCGCAUCAUCUUUGAGAAGAUCGUGGACGAUGACCCAGAGACUUUUGCGUUUGUCUCUGUACCACCCAGUAAUGAGAAGGAAGUCCCAGACACAGGCUGCAGUCCAGAUGUCCCGGAGUAUCUGUUUGAUGAGCAGUAUGACAGCUUUGCCUUCAACUCACUCCUGACACUCCCUGAGAGCAUCCAGGCUAUGGGCAAAGUGCGCACCGAGUGCAACCGUGUGAGCUGUAUGAGUCUCUUCCAUAUCCCCACAGCCAAACCCAUGAGGCUGGAGGAAUUUGAGCAGACGCAGUCACAGGCCACAGCAAUGGUGAGCCAGAACUUGAAAGAUAGCUGGAUUAUCUCCCUGAGAGCUAACAUUCGCUCCCCUCUGCGUGAUGUGGGUAAGGGCUGGUUCAACAUCCAUGAGACCAACUGGGAGGUCUACCAGAUCUCCAAACUGAAGAAGUUCAUGGAGACUGUCAAGUUCAUCAUGCAAGACUCCAUGAGGUUUCUUGUCCAAGAUUCUCUGGUGAACUUCACUCAAAUGGUGGUGGAUGCUUGUCAUUCCACCAUGGAGCUAGAGGAGGACUACAAGUGGGGCUCUGAUCUCCUCUCCAGUACCUUCAAGCCCAGGAAGAACGCCCUGUUCUUGAUAGAUUUGGUGAUGGACAAAGAUGGCGUCCACUUCAGCACUAGUUUGCCCAGCUUUGAAGGCACUCUGGUCUCACUGUUUGACAAAGGCAUCCAGGCCACUCAGAAUGUGCCCCAACUGGAGAAGCACAUCUUGGAGAACAUCUUCUGGUCUGGAACCCCUCUCCUGGAAUCUGUGGGUGAGCAUGAACCCCCUGUGGAGGAUCUCCGCACCACCGUUAGGCGAGCCAUCCAGCAGGCGCUUGUGCCAUUGAAGGCUUAUGCAAAGGAAUACGAGAAGUACCUUGAGCUCAUCAAUAUGGACAUAAACGCUUACGUUUCGGCGUACGAGGCUGCUGGACACUCGGCUGAGGAAGUGAAAGCGGAGGUCGAGAUGCAUCUGAAAGAGAAGGAAGUGCUGGAGGCAAUUGUCCCAAGCUCCAUCACUAUCGGCCCUUUCUUUGUGAACACUGAACUCACCCGGCAGGCGCUGGGCAAGAAGAGGAAAGCCCUGGGCAACGCUGUGCUGGAGCUUCUGGCCAGACAGCUGAGGAAACAGGCAGAUGAUGCUUGUGAGGAGUUCAAGACCAUCAGUCGCAAACUCUACGACAAACCCAACUGCAUUGAGGAGCUGUCUGAGAUGAGAGAGUGGAUUAAGGGCAUUCCAGACAGACUGAAGGAGCACAAUGAGCUGAUUGACAAAGCUAUGGCUGACUAUGAGCUGAUUGAAGACUUCUACUACAACCUGUCCACUGAUGAUUUCAAUGCCAAGUGGACCACCAUUGGAUGGCCUCACAAAAUUGAGAGCCAGAUGGAACAGACACUUCUGCAGUUGGAUGAGGAUGAGGAGAGAUUCCGCAAGCUGCAGAUGUCUGACCAGACCAACUUUGAGGACAGGCUGGAUGGGCUGCAGAUGGCUGUGGCAGGAAUGGCUGCCUACUCUGAGAUCAGCAGGGCUCAUGAAAUAGCCAAUGACAUGAGGCGUAUCAACAAGCAGCUGAAAGAAGCCCAGCAGUUGGCUGUCACUUACAACAACAGAGAGCGUCUCUUUGGCCAACCAGUUACCAAUUACGACAAGCUGGUGAAGCUUGUCAAGGACUUUGAGCCGUACCGCAAUCUGUGGGUCACGGUCUCCGACUGGCAGAGAUGGCAGGAAUCCUGGAUGAACGACCCACUGACUGCCAUCAAUGCAGAGGACGUGGAGAAGAAUGUCAAUGAGUCCUACAAGACGAUGCACAAGAGCGUGAAGCUCUUCAAUGAGAUCCCCAACGUGCAGCAGGUGGCUUCAGAGAUCAAGACAAUGAUUGAGGACUUCCGGCCGUACAUCCCACUGAUCCAGGGCCUGAGAAACCCAGGCAUGAGGAACCGCCAUUGGGAACAGCUGUCUGAAGAACUGGGCUUCCCAGUAAGACCCAAGAAGGAUUUGACCUUCCAGAAAUGUCUGGAGAUGAAUCUCCAAGACCACAUUGCCACCAUAGCCAAGGUGGCCGAGGUGGCAGGCAAAGAGUAUUCCAUUGAGCAGGCCCUUGACAAAAUGGAGAAGGAGUGGGAUCCAGUAAACUUUGAGAUCAUCGCGUACAAAGAGACUGGCACAUACAUCUUGAGGAGCUCCGAGGAAACCUCCCAACUGCUGGAUGACCACAUUGUGAUGACACAGAGCAUGUCCUUCUCUCCAUUCAAGAAACCAUUUGAAGACCGCAUCAGCAACUGGGAGAGUAAGCUCAGGACAACUCAGGAUGUGCUGGAUGAGUGGCUCAACUGCCAGCGAGCCUGGCUGUAUCUGGAGCCUAUCUUCAGCUCUGAGGACAUCAAUAGGCAGCUGCCAGUGGAGAGCAAGCGCUACCAGACCAUGGAGAGGAUCUGGAGAAAGCUCAUGAAGAACGCCAAAGAGAAUCCUCAGGUGAUCUCCCUUUGCCCAGACAACCGCCUGCUGGACAACCUGAGAGAGUGCAACAAACUCUUGGAGCAGGUACAGAAAGGACUCAGUGAGUACCUGGAGACAAAGCGUAACGCCUUCCCACGAUUCUACUUCCUGUCUGACGAUGAGCUGCUGGAGAUCCUGUCUCAGACCAAGGACCCGACAGCCGUACAGCCACAUCUCAGAAAGUGCUUUGAGAACAUUGCUAGACUCAAAUUUGAGGAGGAUCUGCGGAUAACCAAGAUGUACUCAGGUGAGGGAGAGUGUGUGGACUUCCGAGAGACUCUCUACCCUACAGGCAAUGUGGAGGACUGGAUGUUGGAGAUAGAGAGAUGCAUGAAGGAGUCACUCAGGCAAAUCAUCAAGGAGUCCCUGCAGAACUACAAGGAGAUUCCCCGGACAGAGUGGGUGCUCUCCUGGCCUGGUCAAGUGGUCAUUGCUGGGUGCCAGACCUACUGGAGCAGUGAAGUCACAUCUGAGCUGGAAGCUGGGAAUCUCAAGGAACAUUUCAAAACUGUGCUGACCCAACUUGAUGACCUCAGAGGUCUAGUGAGACAAGACAUCUCAAAGAUCGGCCGCAUGACCCUGUCCGCCCUCAUCGUCAUUGAGGUGCACGCCCGUGACGUGGUGGCAAAGAUGGUGGAGCAAGAAGUGAACAAUGCCAAUGACUUUGAGUGGAUCAGUCAACUCAGGUACUACUGGCUGGAAGAUGAGAACCUUUACCAGCGUGCUGUCAACGCCCAGUUCCCUUAUGCCUAUGAGUACCUGGGAAACACAGGACGUCUUGUCAUCACUCCACUCACUGACAGAUGUUAUCUGACUCUGACCGGCGCCCUACAUCUCAAGUUUGGUGGCGCCCCUGCUGGCCCUGCUGGCACGGGCAAGACUGAGACAACAAAGGAUUUGGCCAAGGCUUUUGCCAUCCAGUGUGUGGUGUUCAACUGCUCUGAUCAGCUUGACUUCAUGGCUAUGGGCAAGUUCUUCAAAGGUUUGGCAAGCUCUGGUGCCUGGGCCUGUUUUGAUGAGUUCAACCGCAUCGACAUUGAGGUCUUGUCUGUGGUGGCCCAGCAGAUCACAACUAUUCAGAAGGCCCAAGCUGACAGGAUGGACCGCUUCAUUUUUGAGGGUGUGGAGCUUGUGCUGAAGGCGUCCUGUGCUGUCUUCAUCACCAUGAACCCUGGCUAUGCUGGCCGCACAGAGCUGCCGGACAAUCUCAAGGCCUUGUUCCGUCCAGUGGCUAUGAUGGUGCCAGAUUAUGCCUUGAUUGCUGAGAUCAGUUUGUUUUCAUUUGGCUUCUCUGAUGCUAAGCACCUGGCCAAGAAGAUUGUCACAACUUUCAAGCUAUCCUCAGAACAGCUCAGCUCACAGGACCAUUAUGACUUUGGCAUGCGUGCUGUGAAGUCUGUCAUCUCAGCUGCAGGCAACCUCAAGAGGAUGUACCCGGAUAUGGUGGAGGAACUGAUCGCACUUCGUGCUAUUCGAGACGUGAACGUACCCAAAUUUCUGGUGGAUGACCUGAAGUUGUUCAGUGGUAUUGUCUCUGAUCUGUUCCCCAACAUCAAGGAAGAACCCAUUGACUAUGGAGAUCUGGAGACAUCUCUGAGGAAGUCUUGUCAAAAAACUGGGCUCAAAGAUGUGGAUGGUUUCAUCAACAAGUGUAUCCAGCUGUUUGAAACUACUGUUGUCCGUCAUGGCCUUAUGUUGGUGGGUCCAACAUGCUCUGGAAAAACCAAGUGUUAUGAAAUGCUGCAGAAAGCUCAGACAUCUCUCAAGGGUCAACCCUCCCCUGCCAUGACAGAUUUCCAAGCCACUCACACCUACGUGCUCAACCCAAAGUCCAUCACCAUGGGUCAGCUGUACGGUGAAUUUGAUCUGCUCACUCAUGAGUGGACUGACGGUAUCUUGUCCACCCUGAUCCGUGUGGGAGCAUCAUCCCAGGAUGAGGACAAAAGGUGGUUUGUCUUUGACGGUCCGGUGGAUGCUGUGUGGAUUGAAAACAUGAAUACUCCAGCCAUCAAGUUCCUGCGCAGUGACUUGAAGGAGAUAGUGGAGACUGUGGACGGUGCUCUCGUCUUCUCUCUCCUCAAGAUGCUGGAAUGUUUCUUUGAGCCCUUCAUGCCAAAGGAGAACCCUCUCGGCCAUCGUAAAACGGGUGAGCAACCCAUCCCAGAAGACCGCCUGAAGCGCGUGGAGGAACUGAUUGAGCCAUGGUUCAUCUUCUCCCUCAUCUGGUCAGUGGGAGCCACUUGCGACAACGACAGUCGUACCAAGUUCUCUGAGUGGAUGAGGACCAAGAUCAAGGAGGCAAAUAUUUCCCUCCCUUUCCCCGAGAGUGGCCAGGUGUAUGACUACAUGCUCGAUGACGGUGGCAUCUGCAGCCCCGAGCCAACCAACUUGGAGGAAGAUGAGGAUGAGGUCGACAAGAAGAUACAGUGGAGAAACUGGAUGACGGGCAUGCAGGAAGUACAGAUCUCUCCGGAGACGAAAUACUCUGACAUCAUUGUGCCCACCAUUGACACCAUCAGAAGUGCAAAGAUCCUGGAGAUGCUCGCAUCAAACAAGAAGACAGUUUUGUCCGUUGGUCCUACUGGUACUGGCAAGACACUGACCAUCGCUGAUAAGCUGUCCAGAGGAAUGGGCAAAGAAUAUGUCCCUGAGUUUAUCGUCUUCUCGGCCAAGACCAGUGCCAACCAAACCCAGGAUCUUAUUGAUGGAAAGCUGGACAAGAGACGUAAGGGUGUGUUUGGCCCUCCUCUGGGAAAAUAUCUCAUCUUCUUCAUUGAUGACCUGAACAUGCCAGCUCUGGAGGUGUAUGGAGCCCAGCCCCCCAUUGAGCUCAUUCGGCAAUACAUGGACUUCAAGGGCUGGUAUGACCGCAAAGCCAUUGGAGAGUUCCGGAACCUGGUGGAUGUGAACUUUGUGUGUGCCAUGGGUCCCCCAGGUGGAGGUCGUAAUCCUGUGACCGCUCGUCUGCUCCGACACUUUAACUUCGUGGCCUUCACAGAGAUGGAAGACACGAGCAAACAUCGUAUCUUCUCCAACAUUCUUCACUCCUGGCUCAAGCAAAUUCCGUCUGUGAAUGAGCACUGUGACCAGAUGGUGACCACCUGCAUCAGCAUGUACAACACCAUCCAGACCCAGCUGCUACCCACUCCAGCCAAGUCACACUACACCUUCAACCUGAGAGAUCUUUCCAAGGUGUUCCAGGGGAUGCUCAUGUGUACCCCUGACUCUAUCAAGAUCAAGAGUGAGUCAUUCCUUGAAGACAUCAACAACAUCCUCAAUGCAGGAGACGUGCCUAACAUCUACGGCUUUGAUGAACUGGAGCAAGUCUACACAGACAUGAAACCGAUUGUGCAGGAUGCAGGCCUGCAACCCACCAAGACUAACUUGUUCUCCGCCUACACCAAACGUGUGCGCAGUAAUUUGCACACUGUGCUCACCAUGAGUCCUCUUGGAGAAAUCUUCCGUGCCCGCCUCAGACAGUUCCCUGCCCUCGUGAACUGCUGCACUAUUGACUGGUUCAGUCAGUGGCCGACAGAUGCUCUCCAGUCUGUGGCUCUCCGCUUCCUCAAUGACAUUCCUGACCUGGACACCACUGAUGAAGUCAUGAAUGGACUGGUGUCCAUGUGCCAGGAGAUACACGAGUCCGUGACCGUGAAUUCUGCCAAGUUCCUGGCUGAGAUGUCGCGACACAACUACGUCACCCCGACCAGUUACCUGGAGCUCCUCGGCAUCUUUUCCAAGCUUGUUGGCAUGAAGAAAAUGGAACUGACCACAGCCAGGAAGAGACUCAAGACUGGUUUAGAUAAGCUGCUGACCACAGCUGAUGAGGUGGCCAAAUUGCAGGCGGAGCUGGCCACAAUGAGACCCCUGCUGGAGGAGGCAGUCAAGGAAUCUGUCUCCACCAUGGAGCAGAUCUCCCAGGACACGGCUGUGGCAGAAGAGACCAAGGCAGUGGUGCAGAAGGAAGAAGAGCAAGCCUCAGUAAAAGCCGUAGAGACGCAGGCAAUUGCCGAUGAUGCUCAAAGAGACCUGAAUGAGGCCCUGCCUGCCCUUGAUGCGGCCCUGGCCAGUCUGAAGUCCUUGAACAAAGGCGACGUGGUUGAGGUCAGAGCUCUUCAGAGGCCUCCAGAUGGUGUACGCCUGGUCAUUGAGGCUGUUUGCAUCAUGAAGGGCGUCAAAGCCAAGAGAGUGGCUGGAGAGAAACCUGGGCAGAAAGUGGACGACUACUGGGAGGUGGGCAAAGCUCUGCUUCAAGAUCCAGGCAAGUUUCUGGAGAGCCUUUUCAAGUACGACAAAGACAACAUCCCUGAUGAGAACAUCAAGAAGAUUCAGCCUUACAUUGAUAAUGAAGCUUUUCAGCCUGCUGCUAUUGCUAAGGUGUCCAAAGCAUGUACCUCCAUUUGUCAGUGGACCCGAGCCAUGCACAAGUACCACUUUGUAGCAAAAGGCGUGGCGCCAAAGCGUGAGAAGCUUCGGAUAGCACAGGAAGAGUUGGCUGAGACUCAACGUAUCCUCGAUGCUGCAAAGGCUCGGCUACAGGAAGUAGAGGAGGGUAUAGCCACACUGCAGGCAAAGUAUGAUGACUGUGUGCGCAAGAAGGAGGAGCUGGAACAUAAAUGUCGGGAAUGCGAGGCUCGGCUCGUCAGAGCUGACAAGCUCAUCGGUGGUCUAGCAGAUGAAAAAGAGAGAUGGAGAGAGUCUGUGGACAACCUGGAGAAGAUUAUUGACAACAUCAUUGGAGAUGUCCUUGUGUCAUCUGGAAGCAUCGCUUACCUAGGACCCUUCACUGGAGAGUAUCGACUGAACAUGGCCAACGCUUGGGUGAAGAAGCUGGACGAACAUGGAGUGCCACGGACCGAAGAUCCCUCGCUGGUAGGCACCAUGAGCGAUCCAGUCAAGAUCCGCAACUGGCAGAUCGCUGGACUGCCCAAGGACAAUCUGUCAGUGGAGAAUGGUGUCAUUGUCCAGUUCUCCAGGAGAUGGUCACUCUUCAUUGACCCACAAGGUCAAGCCAACAAGUGGAUCAAGAAUAUGGAACGAGAGGCAGGUCUGGAUGUUAUCAAACUGUCGGACAAGGACUUUUUGCGAAGCUUGGAGAAUGCUGUCCGUUUUGGCAAACCGUGCAUGCUUGAGAACAUCAGCACAGAGCUGGACCCUGCCCUGGAGCCGGUACUGUUGAGACAGACAUUCAAACAGCAAGGAAGCACAGUGAUCAAGCUUGGUGAUGCCAUCAUUCCAUACCAUGAGGACUUUAAGUUCUACAUGACCACAAAACUGCCAAAUCCUCACUACACACCAGAAGUCUCCACGAAGGUCACGCUAGUGAACUUUACGCUUUCACCGAGUGGUCUCGAAGAUCAGCUGUUGGGUAUUGUAGUGGCUGAGGAGCGACCGGAUCUGGAAGAAGCCAAGAAUCAGCUGAUCGUCAGCAAUGCCAAGAUGAAGCAGGAACUGAAGGAGAUAGAGGACCGCAUCUUGUACAGGCUCAGCUCCUCUGAGGGAAGCCCCGUGGAUGACAUUGACCUUAUUCAGACACUCGAGGCAUCCAAGAUCAAAUCACAGGAGAUCACGGCGAAAGUGCAGGUGGCGGAGCAGACAGAGAAGGACAUUGACCAGACACGUAGCCAGUACAUCCCAGUGGCCGUCAACACUCAAAUCCUUUUCUUCUGCGUGGCGGACAUGGCCAACAUUGACCCCAUGUACCAGUACUCCCUCGAGUGGUUCAUCACCAUAUUCCUCGGUGGCAUCGCUCAGGCUGAGAGAGCAGACAACAUUCCUCAGAGAAUUACCAACAUCAACGACUUCUUCACCUUCAGUCUGUACUCCAACGUGUGCCGCAGUCUGUUUGAGAAACACAAGCUUCUCUUUGCCUUCCUGCUCUGUGUCCGUAUACAAAUGAACGAGGGCAAGAUUGACAUGGCUGAGUGGCGCCUCAUGAUUGCUGGAGGUACCAGCAAACCCAAAGAAACACCGAACCCGGCCCCAGAGUGGAUUUCUGACCGCUCCUGGAAUGACAUCCUUACCGUGCCCUCCCUGCCAAAGUUUGCCAAGUUUGGGGAGGACUUCAAGAACCAUCUGGACGGAUUCAAAAGAAUAUUUGACAGUAUAGAGCCCCACAGGGAAGAACUUCCAGGUGCCUGGGCGCAAGACCUCGACAAGUUCCAGGCCAUGAUUGUACUGAAGGCUCUACGACCAGACACAGUGACCAAUGCUAUGCAGGACUACGUGGCAGAGUUCAUGGGUCAGAGGUUCAUCGAGCCACAGACCUCAGACCUGGGCCUGGUCUACAAGGACUCAUCUCCAACCACUCCGCUGGUCUUUGUCCUCUCACAGGGCACAGACCCCGCCAAUGAUCUGUACAAGUUUGCAGAGACCAUGAGAUUUGCCAAGAAACUCACAGCCAUUUCUCUAGGUCAAGGACAGGGUCCUCGUGCGGAGGCCAUGAUGAAGUCGGCCAUGGAGCGAGGCAAGUGGGUCUUCUUCCAGAACUGUCACUUGGCCCCCAGCUUUAUGCCCAUGCUGGAGCGGCUGGUGGAACAGAUUGACCCUGAUAAGGUUCACCGUGACUUCCGUCUGUGGCUGACCUCUAUGCCCAGCGAGAAGUUCCCUGUGUUCAUCCUACAGAACAGCUCAAAGAUGACUGUGGAGCCUCCUAAGGGCAUAAAGGCCAACCUGCUGAGAUCGUACAUGGGUUUCACUGAUGACUUCCUCAGUCAGUGUGGCAACAGGGUUUCAGAGUUCAAACAUCUCCUGCUGUCCCUGUGUCUGUUCCACGGGGUGGUCAUUGAGAGGAGAAAGUUUGGAGCCCUGGGUUUCAACAUCCCGUACGAGUUCACAGAUGGAGAUUUGCGUAUCUGUGUCAGUCAGCUCAAGAUGUUCCUUAUGGAAUAUGACGAAAUUCCAUUCAAGGUUUUGGUAUAUACGGCUGGUCACAUCAACUAUGGCGGCCGUGUGACGGACGACUGGGAUCGUCGCUGCCUCAUGAAUGUGCUCGGUGGCUUCUACAAGCGUGAUGUCAUUGAUGAGGAGUUCAUCUACUCUGAGUCAGCCAUCUAUAAACAAAUCAGCCCAGAGAAUGAACUCAGCGGUUACCUUGGGUACAUCAGAAGCUUGCCUAUCAACGACACUCCAGAGGUGUUUGGUCUCCAUGACAAUGCCAACAUCACCUUUGCCCAGAACGAGACGUUCAACAUGCUGGGAGACCUUGUGAUGCUUCAGCCAAAGUCUGCCUCUGGAGGAGGGAUGUCCAGAGAAGAGGUGAUGGAGCAGACGGCCCUGGACAUCCUGGGUCACGUUCCUCAGCCUGUGAACCUGUCAGCCGUCAUGGAGAAGUAUCCUGUGCUGUAUGAGCAGUCCAUGAACACAGUGCUGGUGCAAGAGGUCAUCAGGUACAACCGUCUGCUGAACGUGGUGCACCAGUCUCUGAAGGACCUGCAGAAGGCUCUCAAGGGUCUGGUGGUGAUGUCACAGCAGUUGGAGGACAUGUCCAACAGCCUCUUCAUAAAUGCCGUGCCCGCCAUGUGGGCUGGGAAGGCCUACCCCUCUCUGAAGCCCCUGGCAUCCUGGGUGACAGACCUGGUGGCUCGUAUGGAGUUCAUACAGACCUGGAUUGAUAAAGGAAUCCCCUCCGUGUUUUGGAUUUCUGGAUUCUUCUUCCCGCAAGCUUUCCUGACUGGCACCCUUCAGAACUUUGCCAGGAAGAAGGUCAUUUCCAUCGACAGCAUCUCAUUUGAUUUCCAGGUCAUGAGGGAAACUUAUCAGGAACUGCAAGAGUCCCCAGAAGAUGGCUGCUACAUCCGCGGUCUGUUUGCUGAAGGCGCGCGCUGGGACAGUCUGAGGCAUAUGCUGUCCGAGUCCAGACCCAAGGAGCUGUACACGGACAUGCCUGUUCUCUGGCUCAUGCCGGAAGCCAACCGGAAGGCUCCAGAGUCCGGCAUUUAUGACUGUCCAGUUUACAAGACUCUGACCAGAGCAGGUACCCUGUCCACCACUGGCCACUCCACAAACUUUGUGUUUUCUGUGGAGAUCCCGACUGACAGGCCACAAGAACACUGGAUCAAGAGAGGUGUUGCUUUGCUCUGUGCUUUGGACUACUAGACACCCACAGACCUGGCCAGCACAGGUCAAGACAGACUGCACGACACAAAGGAGGAUACAACCCUACCAAAUUUUCCAUUCUACACUUUUUGUUUUAACUCUUAUACUACCAGGCGGUUUCCUUUACCUGGACUGGGCUGUAUCUGUUACCUGCUUUUAGAUUCUGCCUAUCCUGAGACAAAUUAAAGAUUUUGAGUUUAGUUUUCAAUAUUAGCCACAUGUAUCACAAAUGAAAAUAAAGGGGAAAUAAUGACCUCUCUCAACAUGUUGCUAAAAAUGGUAGCCUAAUUCUUCAGCCUGAGGUUUCAGUUUCAAUUAUUGCAAAAGUAGGACUGGUCUUGAAGCAGAAAAUGGAAAGCUGUGAAACACAGCUCACUGUCCAGGGUGGAAGUAACAUGAGCUGUGAAACACGGUCCGUUGUUGUGAAAAAGUUAAGUGGACAAGAUAAUAUGUGAGGCAGUAUGGUGAAAUCUGGCACUCGUCAAAAUGACAAAAUCGGAGAAACAGGCAUUUUUUCGCCAAACUGGACAUUUUUACUGAUUUUUUUUUUUUUGCUUAAACUCUUUUAUGCCCAUAUAACAACACAUUUGCAUGUGAAUUUUACUGAAAAACAUUGAUUAAAUGAACAAAAUGUGCUAUUUUUCAGUUUUCAAAGACUCUUUAGC